AUGGGUGCUGCUUGUUGUGUUGCUACCAGAGACAAAAAUAUACAAAGUGGAUCAACCAGUGACAUUUUGCAUCGGAAUGUUCGAUGUUCUCCAACAUGGAGCUUUCGGUGGGAUCACCGAGGGCGUGUGGCUGGUGAAGAUACUUCUAUAAAUUGGUUUUCUGAUGGUAUAAGCAGGAAUGAUGGUUCAGAGAAUAAAAUUGAAUCAGCAUAUGUGUCAGAGGACGGAAGUCCAUUGCAGAAUUAUCAACGGAAAAGAUGCCAACAAUCUCCAAUUUCGGAAGCAGCUGCUGUACGUGGGAGAAAUUCAACUUCAGACCAAUCUUUUUCGAGGAUUGUUUCAACGGAUGUGAGUGUGGAACAGGUGAAUGGGCUGGCAGAAUCAUCAAUAAUAUCUUGUCCAUCUCCCACAAAACCAUCAUUGCCUUCAACUUCAUUGUCAACAUCUCCUCUAUCAUCCCAAUGUCACAUACCUCCAACAAGCUUGACCCCUUUAAGGUGGCCCUGCCAUUCCCCAGGGUACCAGCUAUCACAGCCAGCUUCUGAUAGUCGAAUCCCAGCAGUCAAGUCACCCAGCAGUUUCUCUCUGUCUGAAGAAAGGCCAGUGUUUCCUUCAUGGAGCAAUGAAACGGGUAUGCACUCACAUGGUGGAUCUUCAGAUGGUUGGUCUAUACCUGGCUUUUCUGAGCUGAUGGGAACUCCUCACAGAGAAAGGUGGUCGUUUGAUAGUGAGUCCUUUGGUUUUAACAAUGAAAGAUUAGUUAGACCCAGUAGUUGGUUUUCGUCCUCACCAGUUGAUUUGCAAUCAUGUGGAAUUUGCUCAAAACUUUUAGUGGAGAAGUCUUCUUGGAGCACUCAAACGAUAAUUGCGAUUUCUGUAGUUUCUGUCCUUAUCUGCGGACAUGUCUAUCAUGCCGAAUGUUUGGAGAGAAUGACAUCUGAUAUCAAUAAGUAUGAUCCAGCUUGUCCAGUUUGCACUUUUGGUGAAAAACAAACGAUGAAGUUGUCUGCAAAAGCUCUGAAAGCUGAAAUGGAUUUGAAGGCUAGAAACAAUAAAUCAAAGAAUCGGAUUGUGGACAGUGAUAUUGAUGAUGAUUCUGUUGUGUAUGAUCACUUUAAAGGGAGAGGGUUUAAAGGUAAAGGUCCGAAGAAUGACUCCAGUUCCAGCAAGAGAAGCUCUUUUGGGAAACCAUUUUUGCGGCGACAUUUCUCCUUUGGAUCAAAGGCUUCCAGAUCCAUGCUAGAUAAUCACCCUACAAGAAAGAAGGGUUUCUUUUGGGCAAAAUCUAGCAAGGAAUAA